UAAUCUUGAGGGAGAGAGAAAAAGAAAGAAAAAAAAGACUGCUCUUUUUAAUUUUCAAUUUCAAAGUUUCAAAUCCCAUGUGCAUAUUUCUCUUCCACCUAUAUAAAACCUCUUCAAUCCAUCAAACUCCAAUAAAUUUCUCAUCUUUUCUCUCUCUCUCUAAAUUUUACUGUGAAAUCCAAAUUUGAAUCUGGGUUUUGAAGAUUCAGGGGAAUUAUGUACCAGAACACUACAGAGUCCGAUUUUGGUUUCCUUGACCCAAUUCGCCGCCAUUUAUUGGGCGAAUCGGAGAUUUCCGCCGCCGCCGCCGCUCCCGGCGGCAGACCCACUCCCGUUUUCAGUCGGAGUGGUAGUUUCAGUAGCUUAAUUCCAUGCCUUGAAGACAAUUGGGGUGAUUUGCCUCUCAAGGUCGACGAUUCUGAAGAUAUGAUGCUUGCCGCCGUUCUCCGGGAUGCUGUCAGUGCUGGAUGGGUUCCGUCGCUUGGAAGCUGCGAUUUCGGGUUUUCCACGGUGAAAUCAGAGUCGGAGCUGCUUCCGGUGAGUUUUCCAGUGGUGCUACCGAAUAUGGCGGUGAAGCCGGCGGUGGUACCGGAGAAGGGAAAGCAUUAUAGAGGAGUACGGCAACGGCCGUGGGGGAAAUUCGCAGCGGAGAUUCGAGACCCGGCGAAAAAUGGUGCUAGGGUUUGGCUUGGAACGUACGAGACGGCGGAGGAUGCGGCGUUAGCUUAUGAUCGGGCGGCUUACCGAAUGCGAGGAUCAAGGGCUCUGCUCAAUUUCCCCCUCCGUGUCAACUCCGGCGAGCCCGAACCGGUUCGGGUCACGUCGAAGCGAUCAUCGCCAGAGGUUUCAUCGUCGCCGAAGCGGCGGAAGAAAGUUGGCUCCGCCGUAGAAAGUGGAGGAGUACCAAGGGAGCAACAAGUGGCAAGCUUUACAAAUGGAGGGCAGCUGUUUGUUAGCCAAUGCUAACAUUUAGCCAAUAAAUACAAAAAGCUCUUUUAUUUAUUUUUUUAAUGAAAAAAGUUUUAGAAAGAUAUUGUGAAGAGGGGAUGUUGUUUUUGGUUUUGCUUGGAUUUGUUGAUAUAUAAUUUGUCAAUAUUAAUAUUUGAAGUUAAUUAACAGUUGAAAUUUCAAAAGACCCAAAA